AUGCCAGUCAGUCAAAAAACAACAAUCAUCAACCCACCGCUGAAAAAAGGGAAGGGGGGCUUUAAGCGGUUCCCCCGGCUUCCCCCUGAAAUCCGACUGGAGAUAUGGAGGCAGUCUCUCCUUUAUGAGCGCCUUCUCCGGGUGGACCUUCAGCCAGGAGCCACAGCUGAGGACUUAUCACAUGAGGAUGAGCCACGUGAGACCAGGCUUGCAGCCAGGGAAUAUCUCGAGGUGCAUUCAGAGGGCUUCAUAAUCGUCUUGAGAACCAGGGACCAUGUGAGCAAACUCUUUCGUAUUUGCUAUGAGUCACGACAGCUUGCAAUUUCUUUUUACCGAGUCAAGGUCCCCUGCUACUUCAAGGAAGUGGGAGUCCCUGCGCAACAAGUCACCCUCUACCUCCAUCCAGAGCUCGAUAUUUUGAGACUCUCUGGGUUGAAAUAUUUCGCUAGAUUCGCACACAUGAUCUGGAACCUUGACCACCAUCAUAUCGGGCUGAUCAAUGUCGCAUUACCCUCAGACUCCAUAUACACUAUCACGACACAUUAUGACGAGCUGUUCCAAGAGGUGGAUGAUCAAGAUAUUUUACGGCAAGCUUUAGCAAGGCUACGCUCCGUCAUGUUCGGAUAUGAUGGAACACUUGGGCGCGCAAUGCCGCACACAGCCGUUAAUGUCUUUGGAAAAGCCCAGCUAUAUCGGUCACGGCCGCUCCUAGCCUCUGUUCCCAGAUUCGAGCGAUUGCCGCAGGAUCCUCGCCCCAUGGAAGAAGAGUUGAAAAGUGUUUACCUAUCGCUUGGUGAUCCGCGGGAGCAGGUCUAUAGAUGGCUCAGGCUGCUGGACAGAUGGGAGAUUAUAAACGAUAAUCACCCAGUCGAGUAUCGCUUCAUGAUUACCUGUGGUGACAGGCGCGUGGAGACCCGCCAGGAGGCACGGAUGUCACUUAAGCAAGAGAAAAAGAUGUGGAAGAGGACGAAAACUCGGUAUAUGAAUAAGGGGGGAAGGCACUUUCAAGAUGAUGAUCAGACACUUCCUUCCGCCUACGGGUUCUGGCUCUUCCCUAUUGAUGCCUUCGGGAUGAUCCCAGAGGCUCACCCAGACAUUCGACACGAGGGCGCUCUCAAAAGGACUGAUCUCGCAAAGCCUGCAAAUGUGUGGACUCUGAAGCGGUUAUGGGAUUUAUCGAUCCAGAAGCCCGAGCUUUGCUUACAGCACCUCCCUAGCAGACCGCAACCAAUCUCUAUGGGUAAAGAUAUAAAGCGGCCGUCAUGGCGUUCUUGUCGUUCGAAGGUAAGGAACGCAACGCGGCCUCGGGCUUAUGCCUCAAGUUGUUUCAUACCCACUGCUUCCCUCACGUUACUCCUCACUAUUUUCGUCGUCCUCACUGUCAUCAUCAUCCUCACCGUUCUCAUCUUCAUGACCUUCCUCAUCUUCAUCGUCCUCAUCUUCACCACUGGAAGAACCAUCCUUGCCGUAAGUGAAGGUUUUGUCCCCGUCGAUGGUCAAGAACCAUGCUACGUUGUCGGGGUGGCGCUGUACGUCGAUAUUGUCCGGGUGGGCCACAAUCUCAAACUUGUCUUGGAGAUCGUCCAGGAUCUCCCCAUCCACAUGGGUAAGGUUUGCAUCCAGCAAGGGGGCAAUAACAACUGGUCGUAG